UGCGGGCGGGGGUGGGGGGGGGAGAUGGCUGACAUUCCUGUGGGUCCUGGGAUUACUCCUGCCGUCGGACCGAGAAUGGGACCCGGUCCGGCAGAAGGCGCGGACGCUCUUUUCGUCGCCCUGAGCGCUGGUUUCACGGUCCUCAGCCACCCGCUGCUCUACGUGAAGCUUCUGGUGCAGGUUGGGCAUGAACCUCUACCUCCAACUGUUGGGAGAAAUUUACUGGGGAGGAAAGUAUUAUACCUUCCUGGAUUUUUUACGUAUGCCAGGCACAUUGUGGAAGUAGAUGGGAAAAUGGGUCUUUUCCGUGGUCUUUCUCCUCGUAUCAUCUCUAGCGUUUUAUCUACCAUAAACCGAGAACAAGUGAAGAAGGCCUUCCCUCUAGAAGAUAUGGAGCAUGUUUCCAAUAAGGAUGAUAUGAAGACAUCUCUCAGGAAAGUGACAAAAGAGACUUGCCAUGAGAUGAUGAUGCAAUGUGUAUCCCGAAUUAUUUCUCACCCACUUCAUGUAAUAUCUAUGCGCUGUAUGGUCCAGUUCGUAGGACGAGAAGUUAAGUACAGCAAUAUAUUUAGUUCAGUCAAGACAAUUUGGAAAGAAGAAGGACUCUUGGGAUUCUUUGUAGGUUUAGUUCCUCAUGUCCUAGGUGAUCUUAUUUUUCUGUGGUGUUGCAACCUUCUGGCUCAUUUUAUCAACACUUACGCUGUGGAUGACAAUUUCAACCAAGCUUCUGUCAUUCGGAGCUACACUAAGUUUGUGAUGGGGAUUGCCGUGAGCAUGUUGACAUACCCUUUUCUUCUUGUGGGUGAUCUCAUGGCAGUGAACAACUGUGGGUUACUUGCUGGGCUUCCUCCAUAUGUACCUGUGUUUUCUUCUUGGAUUCAUUGUUGGAGACACCUUAGUGCUCAGGGGCAGCUCUUCAGAGGUUCCAGCCUACUUUUUCGUAGAGCAUCCACACCAGCAACUUUUUUUGUUGACUAAUGUGAUAGACAGAAGCAAACUUAGAUCCUUGUAGAAGAGACUCUAAAACACCUUGUUUUUACCAUUCUUUUUCAUUUGUAAAAUGAAAGGCUUUCAGCAGUAAGAACAGCUGAUUUCAGAAAGCUUGACAACAAAAUGUUCAGAUAUUUCUGGCUAGAUCUUGCCUGCCAGAUGAAGGGAACAGUGCUGGUCAGGCCUUAGAUCAAAGGGGCAGCCUGAAUAAUGAUAACUUUUCAGGUUUUCAGGCAUAGUCAUGGUUUUGCAGGAUAUAAGAAGCUGAUUUACCUUUUUCCCUAAAUAAGAUCUAAGAUGGAAUGCAGAUUUCCCCGUUUAGUACCAUUAGAGAAAACAGCUUAAACUUUAUCUCUUUAUCAGUUUUGGUUUUUUGCCAUGUAAUUUAGUCUACAUAUUAAAUCCAACCGAUGUUGGAAUACAUUUCAUUCCUAACAUUUAGCAAAACCACAAACACCCUUAAUACUGAAUUUUUUAAUCAUGACAUGUAUAAACCUGAUUGUUUAGAUUUUGUAAUAUCUCUAGGCAGCUUAUUGAACAUCAUCUAUUUUUAAGUUAAAUAUUUGACAAAGACACUUCUUAAACCCUAGCGUAGAAUGGAUUAUUUACAUGGAUCUAUCCAGAAUAUUUUUUGUUUUGUAUUGAUUACAAAUUUAAGCUCGAUUCCGGUAGUUCCCGACUUAUGACCACAAUAGAGACCAGAAUUUCUGUUGCUAAGCAAGGAAG